AUGCCAACGUGGCUCAAUGUCGCCGAGAAGCCCAGCGUUGCCAAGGAAAUGGCGCAGAGCCUCUCAGGGGGUAACUGCCGCACGGUGCCAUCGCAGUCUCGGUUUAACCCAGUCUACGAGUUUAAAUUUGAGGGUAAGACAAUGCUGGUCACAUCGGUGGCGGGUCACCUCAUGGAGGACCAGUUCCCACCCAACACCAAGAACUGGUCCACCUACCCGUUUCAGGGACUCUUCUCGGCGCCGAUCACCAAGUACGUGCGAGCCGAUCUCGAGCCGGUGAAGAAGAACCUCGAGGCGCUCGCCGGCCGAGCUGACACGCUCGUCCUAUGGCUGGACUGCGACCGGGAAGGCGAGAACAUCUGCUUUGAGGUGAUGCAGGUGGUGCAAAGCAAGCGGCCGCAGGUGCAGGUGAAGCGAGCCCAUUUCUCCGCCCUCACCGCACGCGACUUGCUGAACGCCGUGCACAACCUCAAACUGCCGGACAAGCGCCUCUCGGACGCGGUGGAAGCGCGGCAGGAGAUGGAUCUGCGCAUCGGAGCGGCCUUUACCCGCUACCAGACAGUGAAGUUUCGCCACCUGUUCGCCGCCAUUCCAGGGGUGCUGAGCUUUGGGCCCUGUCAGUUCCCUACCCUCGGCUUUGUGGUGCGGCGCUACUGGCAGCAGCAGGGCUUUGUCCCGGAGGACUUCUUCACCCUUCAGCUGCAGCAUGGCGACACCAAGUUCCACAGCAGUCGCGGCUCCAUGUACGAUCAGGUGGCGGCCACCUUGAUCUAUGAAGACAUGCUGCUGGCGGCGGCGGCGGAGGGGCAUAAGGGCCGCAUCACCAACGUGCAACAGCGUCCAAGUCACCGACGGCCGCCGGUGCCCCUGGCCACCGUCGUCAUGCAGAAGUUGGCCGCAACGCACCUCCGCAUCCCCUCUGAGCGGUGCAUGGCGCUGGCGGAGUCUCUGUAUCAGGAAGGGCUGAUCUCGUACCCUCGCACGGAGACAGACUCCUACACUUUUCAAGAGAGCGAGCUGCUAGAGCUGGUUCGAGUGCAAAUUUCAAACGCCGACGUGGCCGAGUAUGCGACAGCCAUGCUGGCUGAUAUUGCCACGCGCGUGCGCCCGCCGCUCCGCGGCGGGCGCGACGACAAGGCGCACCCGCCCAUUCACCCAACCAAGGCGUGGAACGCGACGCAGGAUGAGCGUGGCAGGCUGUACAAUCUGAUUGUGCGUCACUUUCUCGCCUCGCUCUCCCCCGACGCAGUGGCCGCAACGACGCAGGUGUCAGCGGAGUUUGGCGGGGAGCUGUUCUCCACCGGCGGGACAACGAUCCUGCAGCGUGGUUGGCUGGACAUUUUUCCCUACGAGCGGUGGAACAGUACGUGCAUCCCGAACUACCAGAUAGGCGACGCGUUCCAGCCGACAGCCGUGCCACUCAAGAAGGGCUGUACCUCGGCCCCACCUCACCUGACGGAGACGCAUCUCAUCUCGCUGAUGGACAGCAAUGGCAUUGGGACGGACGCCACCAUUGCGCAGCACAUCAAGACCGUCCUGGAUCGCGAGUACGUGAAGCGGGAGGGUCAGUCACUGGUGCCAACGACGCUGGGAAUUGCCCUGGCCUCGGCCUAUGAGUCCCUCGGCUUGGCCAGCCUGCUGCAGCCACAGCUGCGGGCGCAGAUGGAGCUUGCGAUGGGCGACAUCGCAAACGGCGCUGCCACAAAGGAGCAGGUGGUGGCGGCAGCGGUGCAGCUCUACGAGGAGAUCUUUAGCCGCCUCAUGGCGAACACAAACGCGUUUUACGAGGAGCUGAAGCGGUAUUUGCAACCAGAGGUAGAGACAGACGCGUGCGCCGUCCAGGCAACGGUGGUAAAGGCCAACUUCAUUCCAUGCGGGACGUGUGGCCGACUAAUGGACCUCGUCGAGCGCGCCGGCGAGCGUGAUCGCGAGGUGUGGAGCGUACGCUGCCACGCGUGCAACAAGAUGCAUCGGGUGCCAAACGGCCGCCUCAACACGCUGGAGCCGGUAAGCCCGCCGCACACGUGUCCACUGUGUGGGUUCCUCGCGCUGCGCGUUGCAAACCGCGAGAAGCAAACGUCUUACCACGUCUGCCCGCACUGCUUUGGAAGUCCACCGAAGGCAUGGAGCGUGACCACCUACGGUUGUGUCGGUGUAGCCGCUUCCCUUCCCGACGUCGAAGCCGCGGCCGAGUUCCGCUGCUUCCAGUGCACUGCUGACUGCCCCUUGGCCAAAGGACUUGAAGCGAUUGGCAUCACCACGUGCAUCGCGUGCCGCCAGCACGAGCUGCGCCUACGCUCUGGGGCGAACGGGUUUUUUCUGUCGUGCAGGGGUUAUCCCUCGUGCCAACUGCGCGUCUCGCUGCCGGCGGCGGCCUCCGUGAAGCCGAGUCCCUCCCAGCGGUGCCCCGCGUGCAGCGCAGUGCUCCUCACGUUCGACUUUAGCGGGCGUCAAGGGGUGCCGGGGCUGAACAUGCUCGACACCAUCUGCGUUAGAUGCGACGCACGCAUCAAGGACUACAUAGCUGUGAAAGGGAUGCCAACGAGCGGUGCAAACUCAUCUGCGGUGCCGAGCGCCGCCGCCUCGGUAGCCUCCACCGCCUCAGGAACGUACACGCUGCCCUCUGUGAAGCCUUCCGCACGCCGCAGCGUACGGGGAGGUGGGCAGCGUGGUGGCCGUGGUGGUGAUGCGGCGGCGGCGAACACGCCCAGUGGCGGAGUCGAUCCUGUGUGUGGGUGCGGUACCCCAGCGAAGCAGCUCGUCUCCCGCAAAGAAGCUUCGCGAGGCAAGCGCUUCCUCACGUGUGCUAAUCGACAGUGCUCCUUUUUUCAGUGGCUCGACUGA